UUCUCGCCCGACUCGAUGCACUCGAGUUAGCUUGCUCGGCACGUUCAUACGAAUUGUUUCCAUUCUGAAUGUGGCAUUUUGUAUACCCGGCGUGCAGAAGGAUUAUCAUAGCACAGACAGAAUACUGCGCUCAUUGACUGGACAUCUUCAUUUUAUUAACUUAAUUUAUUAGCCCAAAAUUAUAUUAAGCCUAUUAUAACAUUGAGAUAUAAUAACUGCAUAUCUGUUAUUGCAGCCCCUGUAAUAAACGGUCCGGUCUUCUGUCUAUGAUCUCAUCCCCGCCUAGAUGAUAGGAGGAAAGAGAGGAGGGACGUAAACAUAUUAUACAGAGCACUCUUCAGUAAAUCCACGGUUCUCUUGUGUCUGUCUUCGCGAGUGAUCAUCUGAAAUGGCAACCAGUGUAAAGAGGCCGUCCCUGGGUCCGGUCCCUCCCCCCAGGAAGAAGUCCAACCCCAAGUCAGAGCUCACUGAGGAGCUGAAACAGGAGAUCAGAGAGGCCUUUGAACUGUUCGACACCGACGCCUCCGGAUACAUCGAUGUCAAGGAGCUAAAGGUUGCUAUGAGGGCGCUGGGGUUUGAGCCGAAGAAAGAGGAGAUUAAGAGGAUGAUAACAGAGGCGGAUAAGGACGAAACAGGAAAGAUCUCCUUCUCUGAUUUCCUCACCGUCAUGACUCAGAAGAUGGCUGAGAAGGAUUCUAAGGAGGAGAUCCUGAAAGCAUUCCGUCUGUUUGAUGAUGAUGAGACGGGGAAGAUCUCCUUCAGGAACCUGAAGAGGGUCGCUAAGGAACUGGGAGAGAGCCUGACUGACGAGGAACUGCAGGUGAGGAGAUGAUCGAGGAGGCAGACAGGGAUGGAGACGGAGAGGUGAACCAGGGAGAGUUCCUCCGCAUCAUGAAGAAGACCAGCUUGUACUGAGACUAGACCAGGGUGUUGUGGGGUGGAGGAUGAUGUUGGGGACAUACAGGGGCAGAGGAGACUAUGGUUUGGUUUUACAUGUUAUGUACUAGUCAAGUCAUUACUCAGUUAUCCAGGCUUGUCCUAGUUUAAUUAGACAACUUCCUUUUCUUGUCUCCUUCCUUAUCUCCUUGCUGUCACGACCUUUCAUCAGUUGGAUAUUCUUUAUAGCUCUUCUCUUUCUCUUAGUUAGAAUGCUGGUAGAGUCCCAAAACAGUGCUUUCAUCUAUCAAUGCCCUGUUUCACAUUUCACAUGUGUCAUCGUGAAGGUUACUGGGACAAGGGAAGGAAGCUCUUUAGGAUGCCUAGGGUCUAUCCCUAGACAUUCCCUCCAACACUCACCUCGUCUACCCCUAGUCACCCCCUCCCCUCCAACACCCCCCUCCUCUACCCCUUGGCACCCCCUCCCCUCCAACACCCCCCUCCUCUACCC